AUGACAGAACUCAAAUGGAUAUGCAUUUCCUUCUCACUAACACUUUUACUCGGCUUAGCAGUUGAAUCCCUUAAGAUAGACCAGAAAUGGUCAGUUGGAAAUCACUUUGGUUACGAGGGCGGGUUCUGUCUUCCCGGUCUCUGCAUUAGAGGAGCUGGUGGUGGCAGAGUCAAUUAUGGCACGGACAAUUACAGUGGCGGCCGCGGGAAAUAUCGAGGUGGCAGCAUGGACAGAAGCCGUUUCAGAGAGACCAUGUACUGCAAACCUCUGACUUGCUGGGGUGGCUCAUGUGAGGCACUCCAUCUGCAUUUAGACAAGGGGCUAUAUGAAUCUCUCGUAAGCAAGAACGCGGCGAAACAGGCAUCAACUGUUGAUUUUAGCAUCCCAGAGACCAUGAAAUACAAUGUCAACACAAACUAUGAAGAUUUCAAGGAAAUGAAAGAAGAAACUGCAAUGGCACCACAAUCUAACUAG